AUGGUGAAGCAACAACUCAGCGCCUUUUUCGGUCCCAAUCGUCUUUACUUCGUGUGUGGUAAAGUUUACCAGGAUCUCUCAUAUGCCAACAGAGUAGUGCAUUGGUUUGUGCAGCAUGAGUUGCCAGUUUUCCCAAUCACACCUUCAGGCGGUGUGGUAGAUCUGUCUACCGAUUCUUCAACGCAAAACAGAACAAAGCUGCAGAACUUGUCCGUUUUUGGAUCUAUCGCAGAAGGAUUGGCGCAAUACCCUGCUCAAAAGAACAUCGACGGCGCCAGCGUGUGUUUUGUGACGCCUCCGCCCGUUACACUGUCCAUCCUACAACAGCUUGAGAAGGAGUCUUUCACCGUUCAGAGCGUUUGGUUCCAGCCCGGAUCCUGGGAUGGCAAAUGCAUAGAAUGGGCGCAACAAAGACUUCAUAUCGAUCCUGCAAAGGUCAUCAAUGACUGCAUUUUGGUGAAUGGAUAUUCGUACUACACCAAAAGUGAGCUCCCGCUAAAUGCCAGAUAG